AUGUCCCAAGGUAGAAAAGCUGCAGAAAGAUUGGCCGGCAAGACGGUGCUCAUCACGGGCGCUUCUGCUGGUAUUGGUAAGGCGACCGCGUUGGAGUAUUUGGAAGCAUCCAAUGGAAACAUGAAACUGAUCUUGGCUGCAAGGAGAUUGGAGAAGCUAGAGGAACUGAAGAAGACCAUCGACGAGGAGUUUCCCAAUGCAAAGGUCCAUGUGGGUCAACUGGACAUCACACAGGCUGAGAAGAUCAAGCCCUUCAUUGAAAACUUACCAGAGGCAUUCAAGGAUAUCGACAUUUUGAUAAACAAUGCCGGCAAGGCUUUGGGUUCCGAACGUGUCGGGGAAAUCGACACACAGGACAUUCAGGACGUGUUCGACACCAACGUCACCGCGUUGAUUAACAUCACGCAAGCAGUGUUGCCAAUUUUCCAAGCCAAGAACUCAGGGGACAUCGUGAACUUGGGCUCGGUGGCCGGCAGAGACGCAUACCCCACAGGCUCCAUCUACUGUGCCUCCAAGUUUGCCGUCGGUGCGUUCACUGACAGUUUGAGAAAGGAAUUGAUCAACACGAAGAUCAGAGUCAUCCUGAUCGCCCCAGGGCUGGUCGAGACCGAAUUCUCACUGGUUAGAUACAGAGGUAACGAGGAACAAGCCAAGAACGUCUACAAGGACACCACGCCGCUGAUGGCCGAUGACGUGGCUGACUUAAUCGUAUAUUCCACUUCCAGAAAACAAAACACCGUGGUUGCCGACAGCUUGAUCUUUCCCACCAACCAAGCCUCGCCCCACCACAUCUUCCGCGGUUGA